GGUCCCAAGAUGUUCCGGCGCAUUCUUAGCCGAGCCGUUGCUGUUUCUGCCGGCGUGCAGCUGUGUGCCGCUGCUACCGCACUUAGUGACAAGGAGCUGGCCAAAAAGCCAGAGUGCCAUUUGGUAGUGGAGGAAGCUGAAAGAUUAGAAGAAAACUUGGAGAAAAUUAAUCAAACAACCGAGUUCAAUUACCAUGCAAUGAUGUAUCGAAAAGAUGUGAUAGCACUGGAACAUUCUCUGGAAAGUUUGGGACGCCACGGUUUCAACACAUCUCAGUCAACUGUUGAACAAGCCUACGAAACGCUCAAAAAAUACGAAGAUUUGAAAAAUGCUGAGGUACAAUGGCGGCUUGCUCGAGCACUCGUGGAAAAAGCUUUUUGGUCGAGGGAUCUAAAUGAGAAGAUGCGCCUUUUGCAUGAGGCCCACGAUAUGGCAAAACAAGCAAUUACUCUUGCUGGAGAUAGCAACUGCGCUGGAGCUCACAAAUGGUACGCUAUCGUGCUGCACAGACUUGAAGACCUUGACAAGAAGGCUGACCAUUACACAGAAAUGGUGAAACAUUUGGAGAUGGCUGCCAAAUUCGACAAGGAAGAUGCUUACACUGUACACCUUCUAGGCAAGAUCGUGUUUGGAUUGAUUUGA